AUGCCUGGCAUACCAAAGGGGUCUGUUUUCUCUGGCGCUAAUGGUGGCUUCAUCAACGGCUUCGUAGCCGUCGUCGUCUUUGCCCCGUCGUCGCUGGGUCGGUCGGUGGAGGUGGUCGUUGUCGUGAGCGAUUGCGAUGCGGCAACGACGAAAAACAAUCGUACAUACCGGUUCAGGAAUCGGCCACGCCCUUCUGAAACGUUGCAUCGAUCAGACGCCAUCAGUAUGAUGGCAAUUUGGGUAAGACUAUCGGUCGGUAACGAUGAUGAUGCUGAACCGAUAACAACGGCUGCAAAACUGGAAACUCUCAAAGAAAUUAGGGCAGCAGGCACGCAAGAAAGUUCACCGAAAAAUUCAACCAUCUGGGCCUAUCGGGAACGAGAUCCAUGGAGAGAAUCCGUUCACCCGUAA